AUGACACCAGUUUGCAAGUGGGCAAAGCAUCUCUUUGCAGUAUCUUGUCAUGCUACUUCAUACUGCAUUAAUUUUUUUUCGUGGGUUUCCAAGACUCUUGCAGCACUUCUCUAUGCUGACAUUUUGUUCCAAGUGUUCGUAUAUCAUUGGGGACUAGUUAAUGCCCAGGGAAACACCACAGGACUACCAGUUGGUAGUUGCACGAAAACUAUUCCAUGUGGAAACGGGGCAUGUUGCAACUCGGAGUCCGGUUUUUGUGGUUUGGCUUCUGCGGAACUACAGAGGAUUUCUGUGAGACUGGUUGCCAGUCUUUCUGUAAGCCACCAGCUCAAGAGUCUUGUGGGGACAACCAGGCAACGGCUCUACACAGACGUAUUGGAUACUAUGAGGUCAGUUCCUUUAUUCUCCGAGUUACCGGUAGAUAAUUUACUCUCAUCUAGGCGUGGGCGGUGGCUAGCGACAGUCGGGCUUGUGAUAUUUAACUUUGCAUUUGCCCUUAUUUCUGAGGACUUCACUCUGAAGGAAAUGGCGGCAAACGACAGUUCCCUUUGGAUACGAACCACGGCUUUAAAAGAGAGAAAUCCAACACUUAAAGUCUUCCUGUCAAUUGGCGGAUGGAACUUUAACGAUCCUCCGACACAACAUAUCUUCAGCAAUUUGGCAGGGAGCCUCAGUGCGACAAAUACAUUUAUUAAAAGCACACUUGGGGUAUUACAGGCUUAUGGAUUUGACGGAAUUGACAUUGAUUGGGAGUAUCCUGUGGCACCCGAGCGCGGAGGAGCACCAGAAGAUAAAGAUAAUUUCCCAAUUUUCUUAUCCAGAAUUAAAUCAGCCUUCUCCCCUCGAGGAUACGGAUUAACCUUUACGGCACCCUCAAGCUACUGGUACCUUCAGCACUUUGAUCUUCCAGCUCUUUUAAAAUCGGCUGAUUGGGUCAACAUCAUGACCUACGAUCUACAUGGCGUCUGGGAUAAGAACGACACAAAUGUCGGCCCGUUCGUCCUAGCUCACACAAAUUUAACAGAGAUUAUGGACACCAUGCAACUUUUUCGAAAUGUUCAGAUCGAUCCAUCCCAGAUGGUGAUGGGGAUAGGCUUUUACGGGCGUUCUUUCACACUUGUGGACGGGCAAUGCAGCUCCCCGGGCUGUGCUUUCUCCGGUGGAGGCGAUCCGGGCGAGUGCUCCCUUAACUCUGGGACACUUAUGUUCUCAGAAAUUCAGAAACUCUUGGACAGCACCAGCAACGCUAUUCCUGUAUUUGACGAGGCUGCGGCUGUGAAGUAUAUAACGUGGAAUGACAAUCAAUGGGUAUCUUACGACGACGCUCAAACAUUGCAAAUGAAGUUGAAUUAUGCAAAUAGCAUUUGUCUAGGAGGGACAAUGAUAUGGUCCCUUGACCAGGACGACAACUUGUAUACCGCUCUAACUGGCCUGUAUCCCGAUAUCGGCAUCAAUACGCCGUCUUCGAUCGAGUCCGGCAAUCAGUGCCGAGUAACUGGCUGUGGUCAACAAUGUCCCCCCGGAUACGAUUCACUGACAAGAUUGAGCCAAAUACCCACCGGAGGAUCAUGUCCGAAGAACAAGCUCGCACGCCUUUGCUGUCCUAAAGGAGACGAACCUCAGAAAUGUUCGUGGCGAGGAGGAGGGGGGACAAGUUGUAAUGGACGAUGCAAUGUUGGGGAAAUCGUCCUCGCUCUGGAUAAAACUGGAGAUGAUGGACAUCCAACAUGCAUUCAGGGUUCUAAAGCAUUCUGCUGCUCAUCGGGGGACCCACAAGCUGGAGCGUGUUCUACCGGACCUUGUGAUUCACAGACAUGUGAUCCCCCAUUUAUUGCUCAAACUCACGUAAAUUUGGGGCCCAUCGACAUCGACGGCUGCGCUGAUACCCCCCCGGGUCAAGGACCGUUUGCACUAUGCCCUGUAGAGUGCUUGGAACCCACAAAACCGGUCUGCUGCAAACCUGGUUAUAAAAAUUGUAAAUGGGUUGGAGACCCACCUGCGUGCUUAAAUGCCGUGUGCAGCCCUGGUCAGAUUGCCAUAUUUAGCGAUAUUCAGGGAGAUGCAAGCAGUCAAUGCUUUGGAAAUAACAAACGUUAUUAUUGCUGUGACCCACCCUCAGGGUCGUCUUUUGUCCCCAUUCCUGUAAGCGACGUGUUCCCUUCUACUGUGGACGCAGAUGAACCGGUCACUUUUACUGUCGACUUCGAUGAUAACACUGGCACUUCGAGCACAUCUUCAACCGGUGCGGGUUCAAGUGGAAUUGGUGAUGACGGGAGAGAGAAUGAUAGUCCAUUUGGAGAGCUUUUUAUUUCAUCCCCAAAUCCCAGUGCCGUCAGCUCAAUGGAUAUCGCAUCUGAUUGGGUGGUUACUGGCUGCGAUUCGACCAGUGAUCAGCCACAGACGGUUCUGGCAUAUUGCUCAAAAUCAAUGGACGAUGAUGACUCCGGCUGUGGCCACGUUUUCAUUGGCCAAGCUGAGCAUACCAUUAUCCAAAUGCCCAAAUCAUGUGGUCUGGGACCUUACGCUCGUGUAGUUUCUUUGACUGAACAUACGGACCAGAAUUCCUUGUCCCAAGAACAUCAGGCGAAGAAGCCUACCAAUGAAAUGGUAUAUUCCCUGUCGUUUGACUACAAUUUCCUUGCCAUACCGGAGGAUAACGGGCCUGUCCUGGACGCCAUCGUUAACAGUCCGCCUGACUCUGGCACCACCAGCACCAGGAGAAGACGUGAUUUCCACCAACCCUUAGAGUACGAUAAGAGGUGGUUUGGACCAUUCGAUGCAUGGCUGAAGAAGCUUAACACUGUCCGCUCUUCGAAGACAGUCAGCCGAGAUUAUCAUUGGUCAGAUACGUACACGAUAUUCCACGCAGAGCAACAGUGCCCGAAUUUCUCAUCCAGCCUCGAUAUCAGUGUCACUGGAACGGCUCAGAUCACCAGUCAAUUCGGUUAUUACCUCGAAGCGACCAUCGUCCCUCCCGCAGUUCAACAGGCAUACGUAUUCUUUGACGCAGGCGCAGGCGCCCAAGCGUCAUUUACAAUCUCUGGACUUGCAGAGGCACACUACACCAGUGGCAGGCGUGAACUGGCAACAUUUGGUUUCCCAGGACUUUACUAUCCUGGUCUUUUGACACUUGGUCCAUCCCUUCACCUCUACGGGGAGCUCACGGGGCAGCUGAGUCUGUCUGGACGGUACACUGCAACUAUUGGGUAUACAUUUCCGCCAAUCAACUAUGCUUUUGGUCUCGCAGACGACAACCCUGACGAGGCAAGUUCCAUUGAUGAGGAUCCAUCGUCUCCUGUUAAUUCCACGAGCGAUAACGUGGGAUAUGAUUUUGCUGUAGGGUACAACGUCAACUUGGAAGGUUCUCUUCAGAUCCCGUCACUACAACUUGGUGUCAACGUACUUGGAGGGUCCUUGAUAGAUGCCGAGGUUUUCGCGGAAGCAGACAUGUAUGCAGGAGUUUCCAUUUCUGGAAGCGUGAGCCAGUCUUCGGCUCUCACAUUUUGCGUGAAUCCGCACUAUGGAAUCAACCUUAACGCUGGACUAACUGGUUCUGUAUUAUUCUGGAGGGCUGACCCAGUUGUAAAGAACUUCUUCUCUGCUGAUUUCCCCUUCGGAGGAUCAUGCUUCGACUCCGUCAAUGAGGGCACUGGAUCAGGCAAUAGCAGACGUAGCAUCAACGAAUCUUCCUACACAUACGAAGCGCGUGGCUCUGGACAGCUCGGGUCUAGCGUUCUCAUGACCCAUGACCAGGACAUACCGGCAUAUGCGGUGAUUAACAAGCGCUCACCGACAUCUCAAAAGCGCAGUAUGAAUGAUUUGGAGGCUGUUACAAUUCAGAAGCCGCUGACUUCAUGGACUGUUGGAUCCGCUGAUGCCUCUGCAAUCGAACAUGAUCCUUCUUUGAAACGCCGAGCUAUACCUUUCUUGCCCGGUUUUCUUACCUGCCCGACUGUAGGAGAUGAGAUUGCAGGUGUCGGCGGGGCCACUGAUUGUUAUUGCUACUCGGAUAAUAAUAUUGAUGACCAAGGCGCCACGGGGCAAUAUGCUGAUAUUCAAGCGCGUUGGAUUGAAGAUAUCACAGCCAAUUAUUCAUCUACAUACACAAAGGAUGAUCAGACAAUGGAUGACCAAACUGAUCAAAUACUCCGGCGUGCCAGUGGGACAGCCACAAUGACCACAUGUCCAGCAUACUCCCUGGACAUGUCAGGUUACUCGGGCACAGAUAUCGUUACAUACUUUGACGUAAAACCUGCUGAACAACUAAAGCCUACAUUGGGGACGUACACCCCAUACCCACCCAACAUUUUAAACGCCGCCGGCAUUCCAGUUCUGACGACAGAUGAAAGUGGAGGAGCAAUCUACGGACGGGAGCACAUCUACGAAGUUAGCAUGGCAUCGCUGUUCAUCGAUCAUCUACAGCAGUUCACUGAUCUCUGGCAGAUCAAGAAGGGCCCAUCAUGGUGUCAAUGGGUCAAUCAGAAUCUGAGGUCAGGAUCAAAUUCGGUCUUUGAGCAGAUACAAAAUUGUUACCCCGGUGGCUCAAAUGGAGCCGACGAGAUGGUGAUGCUGGAGCAACAAGCAAACGUGUUCAAGAAUUAUGCAUACUUUGCAACAGAGCGCCUUCUUGUUCCUGGAAACAGAAAUGUGAUCCAACUGGUAGACGAUGAUAAGUGGGAUAAAAUGUGCCCAACGAAGCAGGUAGCGCGGUUACGUGCAGCAGCAGGCCUCCCCUCGUACUUGAACAGUUUUGAUGCAAAAAGAUUGUUCAAGAAGGACAAUACAUGUAUACGUAAUAUCUGGGUAUCUUGGUACAAUAGCUAUGUGCAACUAAGUCCCCUUCGUGGUCCCAAUCCGGGCAACGUUAAUGUGCCCAAUAUCUAUGACAACUUUAUAUACAAUAUCCUCAACGGUGUCGUCCCAUACCUCAAGUCCCAGAUAACCCAUUACAUCCAAAAUUUUAACCCUAAUGGCGGCGACGCAGACACUGUGGAAGUUCGGCUAUCGUUACCCGUAGAGUUGGAUUAUUGGACAGAUUUCCUUAAUGGAAACAAAGCUGCCCCCUGGGACAAUAACCUUGCCCCCAAAGCUGACGUCAAGGUCUCGCGGACCCAGUUGACGCAGUCAAUUCUAAAUGCAAUGCCGAGUAUCACCUGGCUGAAUACCCUACCUACCCAUUAG